AUUGCGCGGAGUGAUGGCGAUGGAGGAACGUUGUGUCAUGCGGCUCCAGGACCGUUAACAAACGAGCAGAACGACGGGGUCGCUGCAUUCAGCAGAUGGACGGAAAAGCUUCGUAAACAUGUUCGGUCAGCUGCAAGCCCCAGCACGACCUUCUAAUGCUUCCGUUUGUCGCCAAUGCCGGAGUUUAAAGUUGAACUCAUGGCCGCCAUUUUGUUUGAAUGGACGGGCGGUGGGGCGCAGGCGCGGCGGCAAUGUUUGUUGGGGGAAUGCGCACGAGGUGCCGCCAUGUUUUUAGGGGGCAGUAUUGUUCAUGACUGGGAGGAGUUUACCACCAAUUGCUUACAAUGAGGACAACUUCUCCAUCAAGCGGAUUUGUGAUUUGAACAAGUUGUGCCAGCUCCAGCGGGAGAUUUCCAAAUUGCAGACAGUGAAAUUGUUGAGCGGAUAUUAGAAGGAGAGGAUUUACAGUCGGGAAACUGCAACCGAUCAGGAUUUCAGAGUGGCCCAAUUCGGUGUAACCUGAAUCUCAUUGGGCUUUGAACAUGGAAGGAGAAAACACCGUUGACAGCGGUGAGAAACUGUACAUGUGUAGUGCAUGUGCACGAGCGUUCAGCCGAUCAUCUGACCUCUCGAAACAUAAACGGAGUCAUAAGGAGAAACUGUGGAAAUGUGGGGACUGUGGGAAUGGAUUCAGAUCCCCAGCUGAACUGGAAAUUCAUCGGCGCAGUCACACUGGGGAGAAACCAUUCUCCUGCUCUGAAUGUGUCAAGGGAUUCAGUCAGAAAUCCCACCUGCAGAGACACCAGCGAGUUCACGCUGGGGAGAGGCCAUUCAUCUGCUGUACGUGCGGCAAGGGAUUCACUUUGGCUUCCAGCCUCCAGAAGCAUCAACGAAUUCACACUGGGGAGAGGCCAUUCACCAGCUCCUCGUGUGGGAGGGGGAUUCUCCGACACAUCCAGCUUGAUGACAAAUCGGUGAGUUCACACUGAGAGAGUGUUUACCUGUUCCCACUGCAGGAUGGUGUUGAGGCGUUUAUCUGAACUGACUGUACAUCAGCAGACUGCCUGUGGAGAAGCUGAAUGAGGGGAUUCACUGACCCUGCCACCUUGUGGACAGUUCACACUGGGGAGAGGCUGAUCCCCCUGCACCAAGUGUGGGACAUAUCCUCUCCGUCAUCCAGCCUGCUGAAACACCAGUGAGUACAUUGUGUGAAGAAUCUAUUCUCGUGCUGAAUGUGGAAAAGCAAUCACUCAGUCAUCCAGCCAACUGAGAAGCCAUCGCGUUUGCACAAGGGAGAAGCCUUUUCAAUGUCCAAACUGAGCGAAGUAUUUGAAAAGAUCCUGGGAGUUGACAUCCCACGCACUUGUUCACAUUGACGUGAGUCUGUUCAGGUGCACUUACUGCAGGACUGAGUUCAGGUGAGAAACUCACCCCAUUCUACAGCAGUACAUUCACACUGGGGAGAGACUGUUCACCUUCUCUGUGUCGGGGUAAGGAUUCAUUGAGUUACGAAAACUGCUGAAAUGCCAGUGAGUUCCUGAGUAACUGCAGUGAUGAAAGAUGUAUAAUUUAGAUAAAUUCCAGUUUUGGAAGUUGGCAUUUAUAAUAGAGACACUGAAUGUGGGUCAUUUUCUGGAAGUUUUCUUUAAAAUAAAAAGUGUGAGUCCUUGUGAAACAGUGACCUUCCUCCAGCACUGCUCAGAAAGCAAGUGGCUGUGGAGCCCCAUGUGGAGUUCAUGGGAAAUUGUUUAGACUCUGUUGAUUUACAACAGAUGAGCAAACAUCAAUUGACGUUAUCUUGUUUUCAGUUCAGAAUAAUCAAGGAUUUAUUAUAGUCUAUAAACCCAGGGUUAGAAGGUAUUUUGUUCAGUUUGGAGAUCUGACUGUGAUCAGAAUCAAGUUUAGUCUCUCUGCUAUAUAGAGCUCAGAAUAAUUCAGUGGAAAAAAGAACAAAAAGUCACCCGAGUAGAACUUCCGAACCAGGAGAGUUUGGUUUGAGCUCUGAAGGUAUUAGAAGCAGAAAAUGUUUAUUCUCUGAAUUUUGAGAAUAUUCAUGAAAGAAAAUUCCAUAGUUCACAGGAAAAGUUUGGGCCAAACCAGUUCAGAUAUAACUUAGAGAUUUAAUAUUGGGUGUAAUUUCUCUGGAUUUAAAUCUGUGUAAAUUGAUGCGGGUACACAGUUGCAGCAGGUAAUCAGGAAGGCUUAUGGAACAUUGGCACUUUAUUUCAAGGUGGGUUGGAGAUUUAGAGUUGGGAUGUUUUACUGCAACUGUACAAGAUGCUGGUGAGACCACAUCUCGAAUGCUGAGAAUAAUUUUGGUCCCCUUAUGAAAGGAAAGGUAUCAUUUCAUUGGAGGUAGUUCAGAGAAUGUUCUCCAGGGUGUUCCCUCAUAUGGAGGGACUGUCGUAUGAGCAAACACUAAACUUGUUGGGAGUCUACUCACUGGAGUUCGGAAGAAUGAGAAGUGAUGAAACAUAUUAGACUAGGCUUGAAAGGGUAAAUGUUGAGAGGAUUUUUUCACCUCAUGGAAGAAUCUCAGACCAAAGAGCAUAGCCUCAGAUAUUAGGGCCACUGCCACUUUAAGAAAGAGAUGAGAGGAAUUUCUUCUGUCGAGGGUUGAGAUACUAUGGAACUCCUUGCCACAGAACAGUGAGGCAAAGUGGGACCUUGUGUAUAUUGAAGGCUGACAUAGAUUCUUGAUGAAGGAUUAUGGGGGAAUCAUAGGAAAGCAGCCAUGAAGAAUGUCAGAUCAGCUCUGAUCCUGCAGAAUGGCAGAGCAGGCUCAAGGGGCUGUAUGGUGCUGUUAGGAAAUAGGUUGGGAACAUAUUUAAGCACAGCAAAACAAAUUGUUUUUCUUUCUGUUUUUGUCUUGCAUAAUAAAGAUCUGUUUUUAUUUUUGCUAAAGAA